UUUCAAAAUCUAUCUCCCUGCUAAUCAACAUGUUAACACUAAUCCCAGUCCACAUCUUCUAGCUGCACCUGUAACAUGCCAUCUCCAUUACUCUCCUCCUUUCUCGCUUUUAAUGCUCCUCUCAUUUCCCACUCCUUAAAAUCUCACUCUAAAGCCUCUAAAAUACAAUAGAGAUUGUUGAAGAUGAUGAAAAAGAUGGAGAAUGCUAGUACUGUUUGGCUCUCUCUCUUCACUCUCUCUCUGCUAUUCUCUCCCAUCUCCUCCUCUCGCUCUCUCGGAAAAACCACUGUUUUUGAUGUCUCCGCUUCCUCACGCCUUGCCAAACACGCCCUUACACAAAACCCUCAGUCUCUUGAACAACAAACGCAGACCACUGCUGCUGUUGCUUCUGGGGAGGUAUAUUCUGUGUCUUUGCAUUCAAGGACUUCUCUGCGUAAACACACGCAUAAAACUUAUGACUCGCUCACACUCUCCCGACUCGCUCGUGACUCAGCACGAGUCAGCUUCAUCAACUCCAAACUCGACUUCCAACUCAGUAACUUGACCCGAUCCGAUCUCAAACCGGUUCAGACCGAUAUCCGACCCGAAGAUCUCCAAUCACCGGUUACAUCGGGUAUUAGCCAAGGCAGCGGCGAGUAUUUCGCGCGUCUCGGCGUGGGAACGCCAGCGAAACAGUACUACAUGGUGCUCGACACAGGCAGCGAUAUUAAUUGGAUCCAAUGCCAGCCUUGCGAAGAUUGUUACCAGCAGUCCGACCCGAUUUUCAACCCGACCGACUCUAAUUCAUAUUCUAAACUGUCGUGUACGUCUACUCAGUGCAGUGCUUUACAAGUUUCUACUUGUUCGCGUGCUGGAGAUUCGUGCUUGUAUCAAGUGUCGUACGGAGAUGGAUCUUAUACUGUCGGCAAUUUCGCGACUGAAACGGUGUCGUUUGGGAGAUCCGGCUCGGUUCCUCAUGUUGCGAUCGGAUGCGGUCAUGACAACGAAGGAUUGUUUGUCGGAGCUGCUGGAUUGUUAGGUCUUGGAGCUGGUGAGCUUUCGUUGCCUUCUCAAGUGAAAGCGACGUCGUUUUCGUAUUGUUUACCUGAUCGUGACUCAGCGAGUUCAUCGACUAUUGAUUUUAACUCGGCGAUGCCGGCGGAUUCAGUGACGUCACCGUUGCUUCGUAAUCCCAAGGUUGACACGUUCUUCUAUGUCGGAAUGACCGGACUGAGCGUCGGCGGCGAGUUACUCUCUCUUCCGCCGUCGAUUUUCGAGAUUAACGAGUCAGGACGCGGCGGUGUGAUAGCGGACUCAGGAACAGCUGUGACUCGUUUGCCGAGUCAAGCGUACACCUCGCUCCGUGACUCGUUCAAGCAAGGGACUCAACACUUACCGUUGUCGACUGGCUUCGCGUUGUUCGAUACAUGCUACGACUUGUCGUCGAUGACGAGAAUCUCGGUGCCGACCGUGGCGUUUCAUUUCGCCGGCGGCAAGACACUGCAACUGCCAGCAAAGAAUUACCUGAUACCGGUAGAAGCCGGUGGCAAAUACUGUUUAGCAUUCGCGCCAACAGCAGGAUCACUCACUAUCAUCGGUAACGUUCAGCAGCAAGGGACACGUGUCAGUUACGAUAUCGCCAAUUCAAAAGUGGGGUUCUCGGCUGGUAAAUGUUGAAGCAGUGAAAGUGAUGCAAGUGUAAAAGUGGAAAGAGUUGUUGUGGUUGUCAAUUACGUUUCUACCCCUGAUAAAUGUAUAAAUUAUUAAUGAGAGUUCUUAUUUACAGGUGGGUGGGGAAGUAGGAACCAGUAAUAAGUUUAUGGGCAGUUGUGGGAUCAUAAAUGUGACACUUAUCUGGUGCAGAGCCCCUGUCAAAAUUAAAUGAAAUGUAUGGAGUUCGAUGUCAAAUUCAAUUUUAUGAAAGUCUAAAUUAUUUGUUGCAAAA